AUGCCCCUCAACGCCAAAGCCGUCUACGCCAAGCCCGAAGCCGACUACGUCCCCUUCGCCAGUCGCCGGAGCACCGUCCACAGCACGAAUGGCAUCGUGUCCUGCACGCAGCCGCUGGCUGCAGCUGCGGGCCACCGCAUUCUGAGUCAGGGGGAAAUGCCGCGGAUGCGGCCGUCGCAGUGGGUAACCGCCGGCCUCAACAUGACCGAGCCCGGCUCGACCGGUAUCGGAGGCGACAUGUUCUGCCUCUUCUACAACGCGCAGACCAAAAAGGUGCAUGCGCUAAACGGCUCCGGCCGCUACCCGGGCCAGGCCUCGCUCGAGCAAAUACGCAAGGACCUGAACCUUGCCCCCGGCGCCGCAGGUGACAUGCCGAUGCUCAAUGCGCUGGCGACCACCACGCCCGGUGCUGCCGCUGGCUGGGUGGACACGAUUGAGAAGUUUGGGAGCGGCAAGCUGUCGCUGGAGCAGAUCUUGCAGCCGGCUAUUGAGAUGGGCGAGGAGGGGUUUCCUGUGUCGGAGCUAUCGUCGCAUCUGUGGCAAGUAAGCGAGAAAGACAUCCGGUCUGCAUCGCCCAAUUUCCGGGAAAUGCUCAAGGCCGACGCAUCAGCACCCGAUGGUGUCCGCAGUCCGCUGCCGGGCGAGAUCAUGAAGAACCCGACCCUGGCACAGACAUUCCGCGCGCUGGCAGCAGACGGGAAAAAGGGAUUCUACGAGGGCCGCAUCGCGCAAGAGAUCGUCAAGGUAGUGCAAGACCUAGGCGGAUACCUCACGCUCGAGGACCUCGCAAACCACGCAGCAACCGGUACGCAAGAAGUCGACGCAAUCUCACUCAAGUUCACGGGGCAAGACAUCGUGAACAAGCAAACUCCCGGCACAGACGGCGAGAAGCCCAACCAGGGCGUGGAGAUCUGGGAACAUCCACCGAACGGACAGGGCAUCGUGGCGCUGAUUGCGCUGGGGAUCCUCGAGGAGCUGGAGCGCGCAGGCAAGAUCCCGCAGUUCAGCGCCGCGCAGCACAACUCAGCAGAGUACCUACACGCAGUGAUCGAGAGCCUGCAGAUUGCCUUCGCCGACGCCGCGUGGUGGGUGACAGACCCGGACGUCGAGCAAGUGCCGUCGCAGGGCCUGCUGGCGCGCGAGUAUCUCGCCGAACGCGCGAAACUGUUCUCUGUAGACCGUGCCUCAGAGCCCCUUGAGCACGGCAGUCCCGCACACAACCACUGCGACACGGUGUACUUCGCCGUGACCGACGCCGCAGGCAACGGCAUCUCGUUCAUCAACAGCAACUACGCCGGGUUCGGGACGGCCAUCAUCCCCGCGGGCUGCGGCUUCACGCUACAGAACCGCGCGUGCAAUUUCUCGCUGAUGCCGGGCCAUCCUAACGCGCUUGCCCCCCAUAAACGGCCCUACCACACCAUCAUCCCGGCGCUGAUCACCAACGUCGCGGACGGCUCGCUGCACUCCGUGUAUGGGGUGAUGGGCGGGUUCAUGCAGCCGCAGGGCCAUGUGCAGGUGCUGCUGAACAUGCUCGCCUUCGGGUUCCAUCCGCAGGCUGCGCUGGAUGCGCCGCGCAUCUGUAUCGCGGCGCCGAGUCAUGGCAGCACGGACCGGACGGUGUUUGUCGAGGAGGGGAUCAGUGAGGAGGCUGUCGAGGGGCUGCGUCGGCUCGGGCAUAAGAUUGUUGUGUUGACGGGCUGGGCGCGGGCUAUGUUUGGGCGUGGCCAGAUUAUCCGGCUGCAUUAUGAUGAGGGGAAGUUGGUACAUAGUGGUGGUAGUGAUUUGAGAGGCGAUGGAGCUGCGUUCCCUCUGCUGUAG